GUGUAGUGGCCCACUGUGGUGUAGUGGCCUGCUGUGUGUAGUGGCCCGCUGUGGGACUCCCGUAUGGCUAACAUGCCCUCUGCUCCCCUUCCAGGCUCUGGAAUUCCUUCUCUGGGCCUGCAUCUGCCUAGAGAAUUCCAUUCCCCUCUUGAAAGCCCGCUUCCUGCCUUGGAGAGCAACACUGUACUGUGCAGUGUGCCAGUGCUACUGUGAUCUCCAGGCCGGCUCACUGGCAGAGGACUUUGCACGCCGAGCUCUGGACAAGGUCAGCGAAGUGGCCAAGAUGGAGGAGAUGCUCCAUGCAUCGGCAUCCGGUGAAAGCUGUCAUGUCAUCCAAGAAGCGACCAUCAAGCUGGCAGUCAUGCUGUUUAAAAGGAUGGUGUUCAAGCCUCAGAAUAACCCUAAGGGCGUCUUCAGGCCCAAGCAGAGGAACGUGCUGAAGGACAUCCAGAUUACAUCCUGGCCCCGCACGUCCACCGAGCGCUUGCUGAUGGACCUGUUUGACUGCCACGCUGCUCAGCUCCUGGCUGUGAUCGAGGCCCUACGGGACACCUCCCGUCGGCCUCUGCAGACGGGCCCCCCCCAGGAUCCCGACGAUCAGGAGGUGGUUCUGGAACUGCUGUCUGCGGGGGCCAGCAUCCUCGGCGGCAUUGGGGGCUCAAAUGAGCGAGUCUCUAAUGACAGCACCAGUAUACCUGCUGCUCUGUGUGGCAUCCACCUCUCUUCCAGUCUCUUUGAGAUGGCAAAGGCAGGCAAGAACUGGGUUUCAGUGGACGCUGCGGUCGAGUUUGUGAAGCUGCUGUUUCGGUACGAGCAGUGGGCAGCAUUCCGCUCUCUGGCAGCCCUGCUCAUCCCAGUGCUGCAG